GUUUAGUUUAGGCCUGGUUAGGUAUUGAUUGAAACAGUUGAAAUCUUGAAUUGAAAAUGGAAGUGACAAAUAUUUUUGGCUGGUAUUACCAUUAUUGUCAACAAUUCCGCUCGUUUUUAAAAAAUUAUUUUCUUGGUCCUGCCGUGCCGGAUUCAUUUUCAAUUUUUUUAUAGUCAUUCUUCUUCUUCCACUUGUUCAUGUCGUCGUUUUCCCUUUGCCUUUUCUCUGGGUUUCUGCAAAUCCUUAAUUCUGGGAGUUUUCAUCAUCUGAUCUGACGAUUUCAGUCUCUGGGUAUUUCUUAUUUCUCUUGAAAACAGUUUAUUUCAACGAGAUAUGGGGAUUUAGUGAAAGAUUUUCAUUGAUUUUGGAGAGAGAAAAUGAGGGCAUUUCCUGGAACUCCAGGGACGUUGACAAGCCUGUUUUUGAGGAUUAUACAGUGCGUUCUUGCUGCUGGAUCAAUUGCUUCCAUGGUUACAGCUCCAAGCUUCUUCAGUAUCACUGCUUUCUGCUACCUUAUUGCUUCAAUGGGGUUGCAAGUUGUUUGGAGCUUAGCACUUGCGUUACUAGAUGGAACCGCGUUGGUGAAAAAGAAGGUCCUCCAUAACCCGGUUUUAGUCGGCCUUUUUGUAGUCGGAGAUUGGGUGACGGCUUUGUUGGCUUUGGCCGCAGCAUCUUCCUCGGCAGGCAUCGCCGUAUUGUACUUCAACGACUUGGGAAACUGUGGAUUCGGAGAAGAAUGCCAAAAAUACCAGUUGUCAGUUGCCAUGGCGUUCCUUGCUUGGGUAGCAAUUUCGACAUCAUCGUUGAUAACGCUAUGGCUAUUCGCGGCCGGUUAAACCGAUCGUUGUACCGGCUCUCGGUUCAUGCUGUCCGUAGAAAAAGGAGAAAGAACAUGGUGAACAUAGUGUGAUCAUACUCAGCAGCAUUGUUGUAUUCCCUUGUAGGUAUCAUUUUUUGGCUUCCGGUUUGGUAAAUAAAAGCACCAAAUUUGUGAAUUUGGGAAGUAAAUAGAUAUGGGAAGUUCCUCCUUCACAAGCAA